AUGAAUGACUCAAACAUAGACAAUAACAUAGAUAAUAAUAUAGAUAACCACUCUAGUAUUGUUACUGACAUUGGAAUCACAAGAGAUGAUACUUUAAUCACUUCUGUACUUUCGGAUGAUAAACCGACGACGACGACAAAGACAACGACUGAGUUGAAGAAACAGCAACAAUCAGUGGCAGAGACACUUAAGAAUUCAGAAGAGAUAGGUGUAUAUUAUAGAGAUGAUGAAGUAUUGUUCAUACCUCCCAAUCAAUUUGACUUUGAUACUGUAUCACUUAGACAGGCCAACUCUGUCUUUGACAUGUCAAAGGAUGACGUGUGGAAGGGCGAAUCAUUCGAGUUCCCCUCCAACAUUUCACAGAACAUCUCUUGCACUCCAUUCCUAAAGGCAUUCAUCUCUUGCUAUUCGCCAUCAGGAAUGCUUAGGAACUACUAUCGAUACGGUGGAUUCCAUUGUGAUGUGGAGACAGAGAACUUUGGAGAUUGUACAAUGUUGACGAUAACAUCAACUGCAAAGAGACCAAAGGAAUUGGAGUCGAUACAAAAGAGAAGAAGAGAGAAGGCCGAUGCAAUACUACGCGAUCAUGUAUGGAGAGAACGUCAAACACCUCUCAACAACGAAUACUUUGGAUACAAUGACCAACUUGUCAACUACAUGCGAACGAGUCGCGAUCACAAAAUCAUUGAGCCAUCACACAAUCAAGGCAAAGGUGGUGCGCCAACUGACGCUGGCGGCGACAACAGCAACAGUAACAGCAGUAGUAGUUCGAAAUAA